UCACCAGGUCCACAUCUGUCCCUGAUCUGGUACCUGUAUAUCUUCACGGUGAUCUGUGAGGCUGCGAUUCCCCACUUGUCCAGCGCUGAGUCAUGGGCAUCCCCCAGGGUCACGGCCUCAGCUCUACCCCCCUCUCUCUGAGAAAUCCAUGACUCACAUACUCAAUCCUGUCAUCCCAGCCCAGCCGGUUAAGGAGGGAGGAGCCCAGCUGGGGCAGGAGGGGUGUCCCCCACAAACACGGCCAGCCCCUCCCCUGGCUCCUUUCACACUGGCUGCUGCCCUGCUCUGCGCUCUGCGGCAGGAGAGGGACCCGGGCCUCCCACGCUUACUCACCAGGCGUGCUUACAGGCAGCUCGAUCAGGACAGCAGGUUGGACCUCAGUAGUGGACCCAGAAGGGUGGUCGGGGCACCUGGUCCUGCACAAGACCCUCAACUGGCACCUGAUACCUGGCCAAGGAAUCAACAGACCCCAGGUGGCGACUUCUGAGACUGGCUUCAGGGCGGGACGAUGGCUGUCCAAGUUCCAGUGCACACAGCGCUGUCCCUGUUGAGUCUCCUCUUCCUGGCUCAAGGUGCCCAUGGCGGUGGCCCCCGGGAAGACUUCCGCUUCUGCGGCCAGCGGAACCAGACACAGAAAAGCAGCCUCCACUAUGAGUGGACUCCAGAGCGGCACAUCGCCAUCAGGAACUCGGAGGAGGUCCUCACCAUCCGUGCCCCCUUCCCUGCAGCCAUGGAAUCAUCCUGGCUCUUCCCAGACCCAAGGGGCCUCUACCACUUCUGCCUCUAUUGGGACCGUCACAUGGGGAAGUUUCACCUUCGCUAUGGCAGGCACAAGUACGAGCUGAGCAACCAGGCCGCUGACCUGCUUUGCUUCCGGCAUCAGGAGGAGAGCAGGGCCCGGGGACCCCCGCUGCUCGCCACCUCUGUCAGGUCCUGGUGGAGUCCGAAGAACAGCACUCUGCCAGUGGCCUCAGGCUUCACCUUCUCCUUCCAUGACCCCCCUCAGAAGGCCUCUCCCAACGCCUCGGUGGACAUGUGUGAGCUGAAGCAGGACCUGCAUCGGCUCAGCCAGCUGCUGAGGCUGCCACACAAGGCCUCACGCAAGUCACCCACCACCCUUGCCAGCCAGCAGCUGCAGAGCCUGGAGUCGAAGCUGUCCUCAGUGAAGUUCCUGGGGGACACCUUGUCCUUUGAGGAGGAGCGAGUCAACGCCACAGUGUGGAAGCUGCAGCCCACAGCCAGCCUCCAGGACCUGUACAUUCACUCCCGGGAGGAGGAGGAACAGAGCGAGGUGCUGGAGUACUCGGUGCUGCUGCCCCGUGUGCUCUUCCAGCGGGCCAAAGGCCGGCGCGAGGAGGCCGAGAAGAGACUGCUCCUGGUGGACUUCAGCAGCCAGGCCCUGUUCCAGGACAAGAAUUCCAGCCAAGUCUUGGGUGAGAAGGUCCUGGGCAUUGUCGUGCAGAACACCAGGGUGGCUGACCUCCCAGAGCCCGUGGUGCUCACCUUCCAGCACCAGCCGCAGCCAAAGAACGUGACUCUGCAGUGUGUGUUCUGGGUGGAAGGCCCCACGUUGAGCAGCCCGGGCAGCUGGAGCAGCGAUGGGUGUGAGACCCGCCGGGGAGAGACCCAGACAGCCUGCCUGUGUGACCACCUAACCUACUUCGCAGUGCUGAUGGUCUCCUCUGUGGAGGUGGAUGCCUCGCACAAGCACUACCUCACCCUGCUGUCCUACGUGGGCUGCGUCAUCUCUGCACUGGCCUGCAUCUUUACCAUCGCAGCCUACCUCUGCUCUAGGAGGAAGCCCCGAGACUACACCAUCAAGGUGCACAUGAACUUGCUUCUGGCCGUCUUCAUGCUGGAUGUGAGCUUCCUGCUCAGUGAGCCCGUGGCCCUGACAGGCUCCAGGGCGGCCUGCUGUGCCAGCGCUGUCUUCCUGCACUUCUCCCUGCUCGCCUGCCUCUCCUGGAUGGGCCUCGAGGGCUACAACCUCUAUCGCCUCGUGGUGGAGGUCUUCGGCACCUACGUCCCUGGCUACGUGCUCAAGCUGAGCGCCGUGGGCUGGGGCUUCCCUGCUUUCCUGGUGAUGCUGGUGGCCCUGGUGGAUGUGAACAACUAUGGGCCCAUCAUCCUGGCCGUGCACAGGACUCCAGAGAGCGUCAUUUACCCAUCUAUGUGCUGGAUCCGGGACUCCUUGGUCAGCUAUGUCACCAACCUCGGCCUCUUCAGCCUGGUCUUUCUGUUCAACCUGGCCAUGCUGGGCACCAUGGUGGUGCAGAUCCUGCGGCUACGCCCGCACAACCAGAAGUGGCCACAUGUGCUGACACUGCUGGGCCUCAGCCUGGUCCUUGGCCUGCCCUGGGCCUUGGUCUUCUUCUCCUUUGCCUCUGGUACCUUCCGGCUUGUCAUCCUCUACCUCUUCAGCAUCAUCACUUCCUUCCAAGGCUUCCUCAUCUUCCUCUGGUACUGGUCCAUGCGGCUGCAGGCCCGGGGCGGCCCAUCCUCUCUGAAGAGCAACUCAGACAGCGCCAGGCUCCCUAUCAACUCAGGCAGCACCUCAUCCAGCCGCAUCUAGGCCACCAGCUCAGCUGCCCCACGUGAGGAUGUGGCACUGACUGCAGCCCCUGGCCUGGCCCUAACUUGAGAAGGCCCUGGACCCUGGAGAGAUGGGCUGCAGCCCUGGUGACUAGACCUGAUCUUUGGGACCACUCGGCUCCCAGGUCUGGGCCCCAAAGUGCUCAGCCAUGCACCAUCACUUUGGCUGAGGGACUGUCCUGUCCCCAUGGCCAUCCCAACUGGCGCCAAAGCCUUGCCUUUCCCAUCCUCCCUUGCUGGUGGUUGUUGGGACCUGCAAGCCUCAGGGUCAGGCCUGGGGCAGUGGAGAUCAGGCACAUUCUUAUCUCUGUGGCCCUUCCGAGGACAAGAAUAUGGCCAUAGCUUCUCUGUGCUUGGUGGCCACCAUGGAGGACCCUGCAGUCCUGCACAGGGGACACCUAGAGCACACCCAGGGCAGAUCAGAGCUCAACAGCACUCACUGACUCUGUGCCCGGGCACUCUGCCCACCAGCUCCCAGGCUUUCCCCCUUUCCCUCUCCUCCUUCCUCCCCUGUGCCCUCCUUAGUCUUCCCUCAACACCCAGGUCCCCAAUUUUGGGCAGUGGUUCCCAAGAGCUGCCUGGUGCCUGCUGUAAACUUUUGUUAGCAUACACACCUGGGUUGAGCCAGGUCUCUUUAUUAGGGCCCCUCUCUGAGCUGCCUCGCUCUGAUUUACACCUUAGAGGGGCCAUGCCUCUUCUGAAGCCUUCCUGUGGCCAGAAUUAUGGGAUAGAGCAGUCUAGUCUUGUUUUCCUCCCAACAUUGGAAGGCUGAGGCGUCCUGGUGGUGCUGGUCUGGACUUGCACAUGGCCCUAGACACGCUCACUGCCCAUCAUGGUGAACUCUGCCCAAGUGACACACACUGGACAAUCACCAGCCUGUACUAGGUGACAGGGCCACCGAUGACCAGAUCUGGACAUUCCUCUUGCAAACUCUCAGCCUGAUAUGUGAGCUCCAGGCAUGGCUUGGGGUACCGCCAUUCCUAGCUGGGAAUCCAGGGAGACCUUGGCAGGAGGCAGCAUUGGAUCUUGACCUCAGCCAUAAAAAUGGGGAGGAUGUGUUUUUUAGUGCUUACACAUUUGUCUUUUGAUAUGAAAAAUAAGUACCUGUCUGUUGUAGAGAAUUUGGAAACUGUAGAAGAUUGUCAAGAAGAAAAAUAAAAGUCAGCUCUUGUUAUUGUCUAAGAAA